AUGUCAGUUUUGAAUCAGAGCGGGGAAGAACAGGUGGAAUGUCCCCUGUGUAUGGAACCAUUGGAAGUGGACGAUCUCCACUUCUACCCGUGCACAUGUGGUUAUCAAAUAUGCAGGUUUUGUUGGAAUCGAAUCCGGGAAGGCGAGAAUGGUUUGUGUCCUGCCUGCCGGAAGGCCUAUCCCGAGAACCCCGCAGACUUCACCCCGCUCAGUCAAGAGCAGGUGGCCGCUAUAAAGACGGAGAAGAAGGCCAGGGAACAGAAGCGUCGCAACAAAACAUUGGAGUCACGGCGAGCUCUGGCCAACGUGAGGGUCGUUCAGAACAAUCUGGUGUUCGUUGUGGGGCUACCAGUCAGGCUGGCCGACCCAGAGAUACUAAAACGGCAAGAGUACUUUGGGAAGUAUGGAAAAAUUCACAAAGUAGUUAUAAAUCAAAGUAGUUCAUAUGCUGGGUCACAGAGUCCAUUGGCGUCCGCGUACGUAACUUACGUGUCGCCCGCGGACGCGUUACGUGCUAUCCAAGGGGUGAAUAACGUUACGUUGGACGGUCGGGUGUUGAAGGGCUCGCUAGGGACGACCAAGUAUUGCGCUAACUUCAUGAAAAACCAACCCUGCCCUAAGCCGGACUGCAUGUAUCUACACGAACUGGGCGAUCCAAAGGCAUCGUUCACAAAGGAGGAGAUGCACGCGGGGCUGCAUCAAGUGUACGAGCGGCGGCUGCACCAGCAGUUACUACAGGCGCAGAGGGACCGCCCCGACGAGAGGCACUAUAGCGACGGUAAUUCAAAUACAAAUGGUGAUAAAGCUAGUUCUAAAGAUGGAAAUCAACCAAAUUUUAUACCAACCACAGUGGUCACAUCGUCUCAAAUAAAUGUAGUCAGCACAUCCAAAUCAAAAAAGGAACCAAUGAACGGCAUCAUAAACGGCAGCGGGAGCAAGGAGGCGUGGCCGAGUCUCGGGGCUUCACCGCCGGCAGACAGCCCCGCGAGGAAACAAAACAGCCCCAAACCCACAGUAAAGUCACUAGAAAACGGCAUAUCAGAAUCCUCGAGUCCAACACAAUUACAAACACAACAGUCUCAAACGAAAAACGUCAAAGAAAAUAACACGGAUAGCAAAAAUAGAAAUAGUAGCAACACAAACGGUCACACGAGCAAAAAGAAUAAAGAUAGCAAAUCCAAAAAGGGCAACAGCAAUACUAGUGAAUCAAGCGACCAAGGGACAGACGAAAAGACGGAAAAUAACGCUAUCAGUAUACAGACACAGGCGAACUCUGUGUUCGAAAACGACACACAGAGCUAUCUGUCAAACGAAUUAGACGAACUGGAAUCAGAUAGACACAGCUUGUUGGAAAACCACGACUUAUUGGACAGUUCGGACCACAGUCUACUGGAAGACGACAACACACACAAUCUACUCAACGACGCCAGUAACGAAGUAAUGAUGAUGCAGAGGCAUAGAGAAAUGCUCGCGGGUCUAGUUGAUAAUAACCAUUUACUGCUGAAAAGUCUACCCAUGAACGGCUACGGCCUGUCAGAUAGAGAUAUUUACCUAGCUAGUGAUAGACAGAUUAGUCAAAUUAAUCAUGGUAUGAUGGAAAAAGAAUUGAUGCUCAGAGAUCGCAAUAGAAGCAGUCUUCUGAUGAGGCAGAAUGAAAUGAUGUCCAGACAUAGUAUGGAGCCUAAACAUUACAUGCCCACAUCGAGUAUAGGACUCGAAUCAGCUAGUGAAUUAUUAGGUGCUAAUUUUCAUCCAAAUCACAGUAUGCUACCGCCGUUCGGUAUGCGUGUAGACAACUCAAUGGGCGCUAGCUCUAUAGGAAAUACAAUGACCACACUAUCAGCGAACACAUUAAACAAUCCGAUAACAAAUUCACUAUCAAAUACAUUGGCGAGUUCCAUGGCAACGAAUUCUAUGGGCAGCUCUAUGGGUUUGUCUAUGGGAAGUUCUAUGGGCAAGUCUAUGGGGGGAUUCAUGCUAGCAGCUCAACAGUUACCGCAGAUACAGAACCAGGGACAGAUGCAGACCGGCCUCGUCAACGGCUUCGAUACCACACAAACUACUAGCGAGGGUCGCUAUCAAGCUGAGACUAUGGACAAAUUCUUCACAGACUUCCACAAAGCGCAGCAGAUGAGGCAGAUGAGAGAUGAAAGGAGGGAGCCCCCGCCACACGCACUCAGCGCUGAGAGACUUGAGAUGGAACAGAAGCACAGAAUGAACAACAUGAGAUCCAGUGAGACAUUGAGUGGCCGGGCUGCAGGGGACGGUGAUGAUGAUCUGGACUUUGAUCCCUUCAAGGAGACACAGAAGGCACUCGCUGAGAUGAUGGAGACAGAACUCAUGCUGAACUCUAUAUCUAGCGGAGACAACAUGGAGCGCGUCCGUCGCUCGCGGCUCCCCCCUCCAGGUUUCAGUCACGUUAAUACAUUUGGUAUCGGCGUACCCAGACAUCAGACACACCAUCAAGGCUACAGUUCCAACAACGCGAUGUUCUCAGACUGGACACAAAUGGACCCCGCCAUAAUGUCGACAUCCGUUAACUUCGGCAAGAGUGCAUCAAAUGCCCCCGCCGGUUCUAGCGCAGCAUUAUCCCAACAACAGCAGGAGUUAUUCGCGCGGUUCAACCAACUACAAGUAGCCGCGAACGCUCCCAACGGCGUUAAACAAUCACAGCUCAAUAUAAACUGGGCACCACAAAAACUUGGUUGGGGUCAUUCCGUACCCCUCCCACCAGGCUUCGCCCCGCCCAAGACGUCCCAACACCCCGCUGAAUGCAUCGACGCCAAGUAG